ACCGCGCUACACGUACCAACCCGCCUACACACAACACCACCACGCGACGCGAGUGACAAGUGCCAAAAGUGACACCGAAGUGAUUUUGUUACCACUCUGAGGAUAACCCUAGCAAAUCUGGAGCGAUACAUAUCAACCAGGAGAGUGUCCCUGUGUAAUGCAGCGAUGGCGGAGCGCGCGGUGAGGGCGGCGCUGCUCUGCGCGUGCGCGUUGCUGCUGCAACAUGCAAGCGCGGAGCUGAGAGGGAGAUGUCCAGCUUCGGAGGGCGCGUGCCCCGCGAGGGCCACUCCAUGCGCCUCCGACGACGAGUGUGGAGAGCAGAUCUGCUGCACCACCUCCUGCGGGAAAGCCUGCGUCGACCCGCUAUUUACUGGCUGUGAGAACCUGAAGCUAUCGUCAGAGAGGAUAUCAAGAGCGCUGGCAGCCGAGAAUAGCCGCAGCGGGCGUGGUACUCUGAAGUCUGUGCGGUCUCCGCGCUGCAAGACUACUGAUGGAGAGUUUGAGGAGAUCCAGUGUGACAACGAGAUCGUCAGCUCUUGCUGGUGUGUCGACCAGGCUGGCUUUGAGGUCCCCGGCACAAGGGCACCAGCAGCGGGCCUGGUCAACUGCACACGGACAGCGCCCUGCGCAUCCCACACGUGCCGUAUGCUGUGCCCACUGGGCUUCGAGCUGGACCCCCAAGGCUGCCCGCUGUGCAAAUGCCGCGACCCGUGCUCCUCCGUCACUUGUCCUGGGCAGCUGUCGUGUCAGCUGGAAGAGACGCCAUGCUUGCGACCGCCUUGUCCGCCUGUGCCGACGUGCAAAAGAGGGCGCAGUCUCCAGAACAUCUGUCCGGCGGGAGAGCCCCUUCUGAUAUCAGAGACCAGCAGACCAUUCCUGUGUGGUACCGACCCUGGCAAGCCAAACUGCCCGCCACUUUACAGAUGCCUCGUUGAUUCAGGAAACGACUACGGCGUAUGCUGCCCAGCAUCAUUAGAGCUCCAGAAAGCUGGCACAUGCCCGGCGCCGUCCACCACCGACCUGGACUGCGGGACCCCUUGUGCUCACGACCUCGAAUGUCCUUCCAUGCAGAAGUGCUGCGACGGCGGGGAUUGCGGCAGACAUUGCAUCUUACCGCAUAACGUCACCAUGUGCACGCAGCAGAAGAUGCUAGCUGAACUCCUGGUGGUUAGCGAGAAGGAAGGCCGAGGAUAUGUGCCCCAGUGUGCGGCUGACGGGUCGUUUGAAUCCAGGCAGUGCUCGAGGAAUGGAUUGGUUUGUUGGUGUGUAGACACAGAAGGCAACAAACUCCGCGGCUCGAUGGGCCCAACAGCUUCCGUCCACUGCUCCCCUUCCCCGCACCCCGCACGCAGCGGCGCGCGUAGCCUCAGUUCCUGCGCCCGCGCACUCUGCGCUGGCGUCUGCGAGUACGGGUAUAAGACCGGCGCCGACGGCUGCCCUACGUGCGAGUGCGAUGACCCCUGCGCCGGGUACCCCUGUGCGGAAGGCGAAGAGUGCGUGAGAGUCAGAGAUGCCGACUGUUCUAGCGAGCUUUGCACUGGAUAUCCUGUGUGUCGACCGAAGGUCUCCUACGAGAACCCGUGCGAAGUAGGAGUGCCAGCCACCGACGAGGAAGGCUCAGUAGUUGCUUGCGGGGCGGAGCCCGACUGCCCGGCCGGCCACGUAUGCACGCGCGCUCGCCGUAGCGGCGCGGCGCUCUGCUGCCCCGACCCCCGGGACUUGGACAACAGUACUGACACCGACAUCAUGGAGAUAAACUUCGAAACAUGCGGCUCCGAAGCGGAAGCCCUGUGCGGGUUGAACUCUACAGUCACCUGCCCUGAAGGCAUCUGUGAUGAUGACCAGGUGUGCUGCGCCACGGCCACCUGCGGCCCGCUCUGCAUCGACCCGGCCAAGAUGCGCCUCCAAAGUGACAGGGUUGAUGACACGCCUACCAUGUGCGAAUACCUCCGCGACUUCGACGAAAAGAUGGAAGGCACGGUGGACGGCAUGAAGCUGGCCCUGCCAGCACCGACCUGCAAGCCGGACGGGGCCUUCACCCCGCAACAGUGUGCUGGCGGACGCUGCUGGUGCGUCGACUCCUUCGGCACCGAGAUACCCGACACCAUCACCAAUAACGCUUCUGCCGUCGAUUGUGAUAAAUUAAGGAAACAACUAGAGUGCCUAGACCUAACAUGUCGCAUGGGAUGCGACUACGGCUUCGAGCUGGGAGCGAACCGAUGUCCGACGUGCAAGUGUCGCGACCCAUGCGCCGGCGUCACCUGCGCCGCCGGCCGCGCAUGCGCUGUAGUCGACGUUGCGUGCGACGCUGAUUACUGCCCGCCUGUGCCUGCUUGCCUGCCCCGCAAGCCGGGCCACUGCCCAUACCUGGUCCCGUCGACGGGCGCGUGCGAGUGGUCGUGCCGCUCGGACGCAGAGUGCGGCGCAGCGGAGCGGUGCUGUGCGACCGGCUGCGGCACCGCCUGCACGCCCGCCGAACAUCACACCGCUUGUCAGCAGAGGAGAGCUGCAGCCCUACACUUAUCAGCGGAGAGCGGCAACCCUCCGGCAUGGAGUUGGAUCCCGCAGUGUAAGGAGGACGGCUCGUAUGAGAGGGUGCAGUGCCGGGGCUCCGACCAGACUUGCUGGUGCGUCGACAUCGGCGGGAACGAGGUGGCAGGCACUCGUGUAACCAACUCGACGCCUCCUUGCGACGCCCCGACCACCUGCCCCGAGCCUCAAUGCAAGGACCUGAAGUGUGCCCACGGUCAACGGCUGGACGACAAGGGAUGCCCCACCUGUGAUUGCAAGGACCCUUGUGCUGACGUCAAAUGCAGAGAUGAUGAGACCUGUGAGCUGGUGCAGGUGGAGUGUGAGGGAGAACUAUGCCCUCCGCUCGCUCGUUGCUCUCCGUCACCACAAUGCCCGGGAGGCGUAGAGCCGCUCCAAGCUCCCGACGGCUCAGGCCCGCUGGCGUGCGGGCCCCACGCCGCCGCCUGCCCCUUCACACACGCCUGCCGAUUCGCACCACAUGACUCCAAGCCUUCGGUCUGCUGUCCUAAGCCACGCACAGUCUGCUUCGAGAGCAAGGACGAGGGCGCGUGCGCGGGCGCAGAUGGCAUCAAUACGACGCGCUGGUUCUUCAACCACGAGCGCAACCGCUGCGAACGGUUCAGAUACCAUGGUUGUUCCGGCAACCACAAUAACUUCCGCACUAAGGAGGAGUGUAACUCUGUUUGUCCAGCGAAAGGGGAAAUCGUCAAAAUUGGAAAAUUGACCAAUAUCAAGCUUCGAGGGAAACCAGUUGAAGUGCUAAGUCCCUGUGAGAGGUUACGUGAGAAAAACGAGGCUGCAGCACAGAAGUACGGCAAGGGAACCUUCAUUCCGAUUUGCGACGCCACUGGAGCCUGGGAACCUGUACAGUGCAUGUCGCAUAUCGACGUUUGCUGGUGCGUGAGUGCCCGUGGCGAACCGCUGAAGGGAUCCCUAGUCCGAGGAGCCAAGCCAACGUGCAACUUCCGCCAGGCUCGCAAAUGGACGCAACGAGACCCCCUCGAUGAACGUGCGAGAGCUGAUGAAGUGCUAGAAGAGCUCAUCAGACAAAUGACAGCGUACCGCGUUGACGAAUUCGAAGAGGACGACGAAGAAUUGGAUCUAGAUCUGGAUUCAGAAGCGCGAGAGAUCCAAGGAUCCAGCUCAGAAGUACCCAAUAAGGAGGAUACAAUCGUUGUCGGCGAAGUGGUGGAGCCGAAACCAGCGGAUACCACGAGAAGAAUAGAGAAGCCUUUGGAAGUGUCGGCCGAGAAGAUUGUGUUCAAGACCAAGUGUCAACUGAUGCAGGAGGAAAUUGAGAACGGAGCGGAAGGCCUACGUCCACGCUGCCUCGCCGACGGGUCCUUCUCCCCGCGCCAGUGCUCCCGCGGACGCUGCUGGUGCGUCGACGCAGCGGGCCAGCGGAGACAACACGCUGGUGUAGUCAGCGACCACCCUAGCCCUGAUCCUUGUGAACAAACCCAAAUAGAGUCGGCGCAAUUAGAAUUGGAGCUUCUAGGCGUUGAGAAUGUCGUGGCUGAGCGCGCUAGAGCUACCUUGGCGGGUAGACUGGCUGCUUUAGGAGCCAGAGUGCAAGUUACCCUCACCAAGGACAAGGCUACGGCCAAGCUACGGUCCAUGUUGACCGGACCAAGGGCGGUUGACAUCGUCUAUCAUGUCGAGAACUUGGUCAAGCAAGAAAAGCUGGCAGGAGCCAAGAAAGGUGACACGGACGUUUUAGGCGCCGACUUCAUCCGUAGCGAGUACAGACUGGCAGCGCCCGUACCUUCCAUGCAACAACGGGAGAUACUCAGCGAAUCCACCGUAUCAGCAGCAACGUCCUACCACACAGCGCUGAUUGUCCUGGCGGCGACUUCAGCGUUCAUCAUCAGCGUCCUCUGUGUCCUCGUGAUGCUCUAUCGAGCGAGGCUUCAGAGGGAGCCCCACAAAGCCGAGCGGUUCCUCCCAGCAGCACCCCCCGUAUACGUCCUCUCGGCCGACGAAAAGGCCGAACUGGCGAGGGUCCUACACGCCCCUCCACCCCCCGUACCCCCACAAGCGACUGAAGAAGACCACACGAGAGUAUAAUUGUUCCAACACACCAUUUACGUUACUCGAACUCGAAUCGAAAACGUUUCAGUGUAAAUUGUAGUACAGGUACUAAAUUAGGGUCCAAUAGUAUUGGUGACGCUAGUUUUGGGUAACGUAGAUGAAAGAACUGUGUAGUUCAUAGUUAUUCUUUGAAUGACAAGUCGAAGGCAUAGUUUUAAAUAGGGUUGACCAACAAUGGAAGCUGUAAUGAGUUUAGCCAGAAAAUGCCGAAAACUUAAAUAGUCUUUGACGUUUAAUUAGUUUUGGUCUGGUUCUAUGUGUAGUUAUUUCCUAUUGAUCUUAUGCAUGUGUUUGGGUAGUUUUCGAACUCUGGAAGUCAAAAUCAUUACCAUGAAUGCAAAUAUCCUACAAUCUUUUAUCUUUAGGCGAAUAUUCAAUUAGAACUUAUUUAUGUCACCAACUUCUUAUUUUUGGAUUGGAUUUUUGCUAAAAGUCAAAAGAUUCCAGGGUACCUUUGCGUUUGCUACAGUAAUGAUUUUGACUUCCGGAGUUCUAAAACCUACCCGGUUAUCACUUCAACUUGUCGUUAAAGAAUCUAGUAUCUUGUUAAGUUUUUUUAGUGUAAGUUACUGUUAAGUAUGCGCAGUGGCGCACGUCGACAGACGCGACGCGCGCCUUUACGCACUUUUAGUUCCUCUCGUUGAGUCUCGCUCUGGCAGAAUUUAAUACUCUUUUAUCAUAUAAUUCCAAUAUAAUAUUAUAAAUUAUAUUAUAUAUUAUAAAUCGAUCGUGACUCGACGUAGAACUAAUCUAGUCUGUUCUCAUUGUAAUGUUCUAUCCAUUCCUUCAUCGCUGUUUGUUUCUAUAAUAUUUGUAAAUAAAAUUAAUUAUAUUUAUAAUGUACCUACCCUCAUUUCAUAUUUUAAUAUUUACCUGACCAAGUCUUCUCUUAUCAAUUAGAAAUUGUGUAAAUGGAUGUUUUACUAAAUGGUUGCUAGGUACUCGUCUGAAUUACUACUUCAACUUUUUGAGGAUAUAAUGAAUGAAUUUAUUUGUAUGUAUAACAUUCACUUUAAAUAAAUAAUUUUAUAAUUA